GCGUGUUUUCGGCAUCUCUGCACGGUGGUACCGACCUGGGAUAGCCGGGCUGUACACAUACCAACGGCUGGCUGGGGAUUGAAAAAGGACUCCAGACGUGUAUGCUUAAGAGCGGCAGAAGCCUAGGUCUUUGAAAUCAUCAUCACACUUCAUUCUCCUCGAUAGAGCCUCGAGAUCCUACUCAGAAGAUGGCGGUGUCGAAUGGGCCCUCAACAGCCGAGACUGUUAACGGCAACGCCGCUCAGCAGAAGUCGCCGAUCAAACUGGAUGUAAUUGUAGUGGGAGCGGGUAUCAGUGGCCUCGCGACAGCCAUAUCGUCGGCAUUAUCAGGCCAUAAUGUGACAGUGUUCGAAUCAGCAAAGGAGCUUCUUGAGGUCAGUGUUCACUUGAGUCUCAUAUCAUUCCUCCCAACUCCCAGGACCCCCGUGAGCUCACAAGGAACACUAGAUCGGCGCGGGCCUGCAAGUGACACCCAACUCCACCCGCAUCCUGCAGCGAUGGGGCCUCUCAGAUCGCGUGUGGAGAGAAGCCGCGGAGCCAACGGCACUGACUGUGCACCGGUACACGGGCAAGGUCCUGGCGCACGAGGACAACUUCCACAAGAACAUCCGGAAGAAGUACCAGGCGCCCUUCCUGGACAUGCACCGCGUGGACCUGCAGCUUUCCCUGUACGACAAGGCCAAGGAGCUCGGGGUCGGCUUCCAGCUCGGCGAGAAGGUGGACUCGAUCGACUUCGACCAGGGCGUGAUCGCGACCGAGUCCGGGAAGGAAGCCAAGGCCGACAUCAUCGUCGCCGCGGACGGCCUCUGGUCAAAGUGCCAGACCUGCUUCUUGGGCAAGCACGUGCCCCCGCUGCCCACGGGCGACCUGGCCUACCGCGUUGUGCUGGACCUGGAGCAGGUGGCGGAUGAUCCCGAACUGAGCGCGUGGGUCAGCAACCCGACUGUGCACUUCUGGAUCGGCCCUGGCACGCACGUGGUGGGCUACUCGAUGCGGGGAGGCAAGAUGUACAAUCUCGUGCUGCUCUGCCCCGACGACCUCCCUGAAGGUGUGAGCCGCAAGCCAGGUAGCCUAGAGGAGAUGAAGUCCCUAUUCGCGGAGUGGGAUCCUAUCUUGAGACGGUUCCUUGACAAGGUGAAUAGCGUGGAGAAGUGGAGGUUGAUGCACAGGGAAGAGUUGCCAUCUUGGGUUAAUGACAAGUCGAAUUUGGUAUUUGUUGGCGACUCGUGCCAUCCAAUGCUUCCAUACCUCGCCCAGGGUGCGAAUUCUGCAGUCGAGGAUGGAGCCGUAUUGGGUCAACUACUAGGGCAUGUGAAAUCAAGAGAUCAAGUUCCCCAGGCUCUGCGACUAUACGAGAAGCUGAGAAAGGCAAGAGGAGAGGCCAUUGUAAGGGAAACAUUCAAGCAGCGACACGACUUUCACAUGCUGAAUGGACCCGAGCAAGAAGCUCGCGAUUCCUUGUUUCUGUCUAUGUUGGGCAAAGAGUUGAAAGGGCCAUUCCCUAGCAGAUGGACGUGCCCAGAAGUCCAACCAUGGCUGUAUGGUUAUGAUGCUUUCAAGGAGGUAGAGGAAGCAGUCAGAAACGAGCCUUUCGUUUGA